AUGGGCCUCACCAGCCUCGUUGGUGGAGUACUCGCCCUCUUCAACCCGCAAAACCAAUACCAACUCAAAGGCAUCCCAGACAAGAGAUCCUCAGAUGAUCCCGCCAGCUUCGCGCCGAUAUAUAUGCUAGCAGCGAGAGAUAUAUCAUUCGGCAUUUUUAUCCUAGCACAUCAACUCCACGACAACCAUAUUGCCAUCGCCACCAUCCUUGCUGUAAUGAGCUUCAUGAAAUUCGGCGAUCUUCUUACUGUUCUCGCAGUUGGCGACGGAAAAAGGUCGUUCCCGAGUAUCUUGCACUUCUUUAUGGGUAUUGGCUAUCUAGGCGGGGUGCCAUACCUGUGCAGAAACUAG